CUUCCGGUCGUCGUCGCCGCUGCUGCCGCUGCUGCUCCUGCUGCUGAAGCUGCUGGCGGAGGCCGGAGGAUCGGGCGGCGGCGGCGGCGGCGGCUGAAAGGGCGGCGGCGGGAGCGGAGCGGGACGCGGAAGCGAGAGGAGGCGAGCGAGGAGCGAGCAGAGCACCCCCUGCCGCCCGCCUGAGGAGCCGGAGCCGCCCGGGCCCUUCGCACGCCGCCGCCGCCCGCCCGCCCGCCUGCUCGCCCGCGGGACAAAGCCGAGAGCCCGUGCCAGAGCCAUGUCCUCGUCCGCCGGCAGCGGCCACCAGCCCAGCCAGAGCCGCGCCAUCCCCACGCGCACUGUGUCCAUCAGCGACGCCGCGCAGCUACCUCAUGACUAUUGCACCACGCCCGGGGGGACGCUGUUCUCCACCACGCCGGGAGGAACUCGAAUCAUUUAUGAUCGAAAGUUCCUUUUGGAUCGUCGCAAUUCUCCCAUGGCUCAGACCCCACCCUGCCAUUUGCCCAAAAUUCCUGGAGUCACCAGCCCUGGCACCUUAAUUGAAGACUCCAAAGUAGAAGUAAACAACUUGAACAACUUGAACAAUCAUGACAGGAAACAUACAGUUGGAGAUGAUGCUCAGUUUGAAAUGGACAUCUGACUCUUCUGCAAGGUAUAGAAGAGAAGCGGCAACAUGGAUGCCUGUGUGUACCUGAUUUGGCGAAUUGCAACAACAUUUGAAAGACAGAAGAUGCAGUACCAGCAAUCCCCAAUGCAGCCUCACCUCCCCCUCUCCCUUCGGGUGCCAAAUGAUAGAGGAUAAGCUUCAUCUGACCAUUUCUUCUCCCUGUUUGUUGCCCUUUGCCCAAUUAGACAGAUUAGUUUGAAGGCCCUUUGUUAUUUCUAUAGAACUAAGCAUUCCUUAGAGGAAAACAGUUAAACUGUGGCUUCCUGGUCAUUUUCUAUUGAGAACUCCCUUUUCAUUCUCAGAUUUAUCCCAAAUGUAAUAUCAAUCUAUCAACCGCGUCCUGACUAGGAUGUCUGGGGAAGAGGUGUGUCUCUUCUCCACUAGCCCAUUGGUGAUUGAUUUGGUGCUGGGGAAAUUACUUUUUUUUUUUUUUUGGUCUUUUUAAUUUAAAGAGAGAGAGCUGCUUUCCCUUUUGCCUUGCUGUUUGUCCUUAGGGAUAGAGUGCAGCUUGCACAACUCCAGUAGCAGUACCCUGAGACACUGUUUUGAUGUCUGCUUCCCCUCUUUAUUCUGAGAGGAAUGUCCUGUAUCUUUGGUAUUCUAGUUCAUCUUCCCAUUUCUUUUCUUACUAUAUUUGUGCAGAUAAACUUAAACUCUUCAACAGAAGAAAGCCCUUGGUGAUUGGCUCUUCUCCUGUUUUUAGACCUGCUUGUUACUGGCAGAGUCUUGUACUAUGUGAUCGAGUGAUUUCGUUUGCUCCCACUACCAGUCCAUAUGAAAUAAUAGAGGGACUUGGGCCUCCACUUGAUGCAUAAGGCCUGACCAUGGUAUUCUGCUAGAUAAUACCUGAGAAUGACCUCUGAAGAAUGUUGAACCAUUUGAGUACCUUGUUUCAGUAGUAGCCAUGUUAAAAUCCAAUGAACAUUGAUAUUUUUGUCUUGGACUGUAGUUUCUUAUAUUUAAGUUUAAAUUUGACUUUCAGAAUAUUCUUAGGAAAGAACUACAUUUCUUUUCCAAUAUGGUUCUACUUGGGCUGUUGGGACAGACCCGGAUGGACUUAAAAACAUGUUCCUCCCAAUUUUCUUGCCAUUCCUAUUGUACUCUGACUUUUCCCUUUCCUUUUUUUCCCUCUUUCUCUCCCUCUCCUCUUCUGCCAGGCCAUUUUUCAAAUCUAGAUCAAAGAUACCUCAAGUGUUGGUAUCUGAUAAUAUCUGUCAUUCCUCUUAUCUGAGGAAGUACCUUUUAUUUUUAAGAUGAUUACAGACAAACUUAUUUUUAGAUACGUUUCAGUACAAUUUUGGGCAGCAACUUUUAAACUAAACAUCUUGCAGUGUAAGGAAAGUAAAAAUGUCCAUAGGCAAAUCUGCUGUUCUUAUGUCACUCACUGUCCUUUGUCUCCCCCUAGCCUUUCUGAGCUCUUUCUUGCUUGAAUUUUGGGUGUACAUGUAUGGAGUUUGUAAAACUGAACUGUUCUGCCUUGCUGUGGAUUGUUCAGGAAAGCCUCAUUCUUGGCCUAGGCAUUUUUGUUAUGCUUCUUCACUAGUCUACUCUCCUGGUACUGUAGUCUGGUUUAAUAAUCCCAGGAGAGUGACUCCUUGGAAAAAAGACUAAUGGAAUGUCCCUUCAAAGGAAGAAAAGCAAAGUAGCCACUGGUGUCCUGGCAAUUUCUGGCUGGACUGGAAGCCCUAAAUCUUGUAGUAAGAGAUCAGAUCCCAAGGUGAGAGAAACAGACCUACUGGCUAGGAAAAUAAAGCUGUUUUUCUUUUGACUAUGGAAAGACCUUAUUGUGAAGACAUUUUAGAAGACAUUUAUAGAACGUUGUUCUGUUUUUUGCUACAAAAUGUGAAUAGUGUGAAAAUCCUUUUGUGAUGGUUGAUAUCUCUCAGGAAAAAGCUGGGUCCUCAGUAUUUGGGGAUGCUUUGAGUCUCAAAGUUAAUCAUCAGAAAAGUUUUUUUUGUUUGUUUGUUUGCUUAGUGUAUUCCUGUUUUGCUUUUAGUUAAAACUCCAAAUUUUGCUUUACAUGGUCCUGGAAGAGCUUAAGCUGUGCUAUCAUUGAUAUAGGAGCUUGCCCACAACCUCAUUUUACCCGGGAGCCUGGUUCCUUAGGGAUGAAGCUUUACAUUCUUCAUAACCUGGCAGUGCCAUCCUGAGGAAUCUUCCUCCAGCUAAGAGCCAGGACCUCAGUGAGCAGAGGAUACACUUCUUGAUCAAAUUGCCAGCUACAACAGCUUAGCUUGCUCAUUGACCCACAACAGGGAGUAGAUUUAUGAGAAUUUGAGAAUACCAACAUUUCAUUUUUCCCUUUCUUACUACCUUGGGGAAAUCUCUGUACUUCCCCUAAUGAGAGGCCAUGUGUUUGGCAUUUCUUGGAAGUGUCAGCUGCAUAACUCAAGAGCUUCUGCAUCCUUACUUUUCUCUGUCAGGACCUCCUCACUGUUUGGUGCAAUUCUUUCUGAAGGCCAUCUCUGCCACACAUACUUUUUUUUCUAUAAUACAAUCAUCAUUGUGAAGAUGAUUGCACACAACAAGAAACAAACUUCCAGCAGAUGACAUCUUUAUGCAGUGCCUCAUAGGAUUGUUUUCAGAGCAGGUCAUUGUCCAGAGGUGGUUUACCUCUGUGUGUUUAGAAUGAACCUCAUAGCUCUAAAUGAAAAAUGUAGCCCUCCUUGAGGAAGGAGUAUCAUAACCAUCUGAGUGAGACAGUUCUUUUAAGUCUUAGUGUGCUUUUAUUUUCUCUUUUUAUGGAGAACAAUCAGUCUUCAGGAGAAAUGGCCUCCCUCCAGAUAGUAGGAAAAGACGUAUACAUGGUUCUCUGGUGUGGCUUGCUGAGUUUCAAGCUCAUGUUCUGAUUAGAUAGUUGUAGCAUUCUCAAGAACACAGGAAUAGAGAUACUACCUCUAGAUAAUGGGCUCUCAAGGCAAGUUUUAUCCUAAUACCUGUAUGAAUUAUCUGUUCAACAAAUUGCCUAUAAAUUUAUCUCAAAGUAGCAAUUUUUUUAUUUUAAUUAAGUCUUUUAAUUGUGAAAAUACUGUACAAAGGGGUUACAGUUACAUGAGCAAGGUAUAAAGUAGCAAAUAUUCUGUCACUUUCUCCAGGUUAGAGAUUUGAGAGCAGCUAAUUGUGGGAGUUUCUACAGGCAAGACUAUUGGAUCCAGCUGGAGCAUGCCCUUCAAAUUCCCUCUGUGACUGCAGAAGGACACAGUUGGGAGAAAGUUACAUGGUACCUUUAAACCACCACACUUGCAGCAAAGGUAAUCAGGUGAACAGGGAGGUAGGUUGAAUCUAAAAGAUACACAUGCCUUGCUACUAAAAAUCGUUAUCUUAACAUGUGUAUCACCAACCUGGGAGAUAACACAAACUUUCCUGAAAUCUACCUGUUUUAUAGAAGUGGCAAAAAUAUGAUAGUUCCCAAAACUAAAGUGUGUGAAGUGCCAGCAGCUCAAGGAUGGUCACUGGAGAUCUUAGACUUCCUGUCUCCAAGGCUUAUUUGCCCCUUUUCUUUUAUCCAGUAGUUGACAAAGAGAAAGAAUUGGGGCCUUCUGGCUUGUCCAGCAAAUAGGAAUUAGAUGUUCAGUUAUUAUGUGGGAAAAAGCCAUUCAGGUAGAUAAACUGGUGUCCGGGAGCCAAGUCUCCACCAAAAUCACUGCCUGCUAUCUGCUGUCUCCAGCUCAUCAGUUCACAGAUUUGGGUCAGAGCAUCUAAGAAGCAAUGUGUAUAAGUUAGGGAACACUGGAGAUUUCUUUGGUACCUGCAGUGUUGCAGGGAAGCUCUCUGGCCAGUCUUGUCCUAGGCUUCUUCAUGGAAGAUUGAAUAGUACCCCUUUCAUCCUCAAGAGAAACGUAAGGCAGCUUUUCAGUGCAGCAUAUGCUCAGUGAGUGCCAUUUGUUUCUGACACCAUUCCCAAACAAGUCUUUAGCAAUUCAGAUAUCUUAAAGAUACAAAUUCUAGUUUAUACUGAAAUACCUUCCAGUGAAUUUUGGUUUUCCUUCUGAUUUUGAGGAAUCAUUUUUAUUGUUUUGCUACUUGGGUUGUUGUCUCUUUGGGACUCUCAGACCUCACCUUCUCAGUUCAGACAGCUUGAAGUCUCAUACUUCAGUCAGAAUGCAGCAAGGUCUAUGGUUUCAUUUGCCCAAGUCCAUUCCUUAGCCAGUGUGUGUAGUGCCUCCUUAGAGUCUAGGCACUGAAUCCACAACAGGCACCAAGUAAAGGACUUAACGAAUUGGCCAUUACGUUCCAGGGAGGAAUCUCCUUCCCUUCCCUAAUCUUGGAUGCCAGCUGCUUGAAGCUGAGCUCUUCUUCUUUUACCAUUCUCUAGAAAGAAAGCGAUACACUGCCCAGCCAGCAUUGCCCUUCUCUGCAUGCUUUCUAAACUGCAUGUGUCUGGGCAGCUAUUUAUUAAUUUGCGUAACCCAAUCAUUUGCCUACCCUUACUAUCUGUGAGGGCAGUUUCUGUCUGAACCUUGAAGGAGCAUAGCUGCCUCACUGCUUUUUACAAGAUGAAAUCAGAUCUUGAUGCAGGCAGGUCAGUGUUCCUUAGAAAGCUUCUGCUCCAGGGGCAUUUCCUGUUCUAACCAAGACUCUGCAUCCUAGUAGUGGUGGUUCCUUGAAGCUAGCUCAUAGAAAUGUCUAACUGAAAACUAAGAAUGAUUGAUCCAUACUCAUUGGUCUAAUUGGCCAUUCAUGACACCUUUCUCACCCUUUGGAAUUUUAACUGUUUUCUCUAGGCUAGUCCUGGAAGCAAAGCUUAUAAUUAGAAGCCUUUUGGAUUUCUGUUCAGAUGGCCUGCGGUUUCUCUUUGCUUGCUAACUUCUGCCUGCAGACCUGGUAGACCAUACUAUAUGUCAUGAGUGCCCAAUAGAAAACAUUACCAAACUGAAACACAUUUCCCAGGGUAUUUAAACUUUUACUCUGUUAUUCUGCCACCUUUCUAAGCUGGGAAGCUGGCAGAGAAAUGCUGUGAUACUUGAUAGCUUGAUAAUCACUUGGCCAUGUUGAAAUUUCCAAAAGGAGCUCUUGCCUGGUGCUCAAAGCCAAAAUUCCUGGACACUUCAAACUUAGAGAAUUCCAUGAAUCCAGCACAGAAUAUCUAUUCUUGCCUCAGUGUAUCCAAACAAACCAAACCCAAGCUCAGGCCAAGAGGACUUGUUACUGGAAUCCAGGAGAGCAGGGGAGGAAUACUUGUGCCAGUGCCUUUCCUUUACCUGCAGAGCCAGCUCCACUGGGAAGGCUCCCUCUCCCACCCUAAACCUGAAGGACCGGACCCCAGGGACACUCAGGUUCAGGAUCCCAUUUUAAGCAUCUUUAUAAAUGUUUUGUAUAAGAAGCCCUUCCCUUUUCCGCCACACGGAAUGGGAAGGCAGAACUGCCAGCACCUUUGGUCCUACUCCUCUCUCCAUGUGUUGUCCCCUCAGCCCUCCCUCCCACUCAUGGCAGAGGGCACCUUGAGGCAGUCCUGGUGUGUGAUUCCAUGACCAGUUUUUGUUUUAACUGUUCUUCCAAACCAGCAGGUGUUUGAGAAUUAGGGGAAAAAAAUAAAUUCUCACCAACGGUUGCUGUUACAGUUAAAUCAAUUAAAGACCUUGAGUGUCAACUUGG